AUGUGGGACGGCCUGCUCCUUUAUAAAGCUGAACUCUACCUGUUGCUUCAUCCAGGAGACAUGAGGGAAGCUGAGCGGAGGGAAGAGCAGGCAGCCAGGGGCCACAGACACACUCGGCUGCUCACAGAUGUCAUUUUUCUCACUGUGAAACUUGACAUAGAGUGCUUUUUAACUGGACAAAAUUCAGCAGGAUUGGAAAACCUCCUGCAUCUGGACAGCUGGGAGGAGAUGAUCAGCAUCCUGCUGCUUGUUGUCCUGACAGCCUCUGUCUGUGGAGCUCUGGUCCUGAAUGUGAGACAGUCUGUCUGUCAGGCCGAGGAGAACAGGAACGUCACCAUGGAGUGGACCUUCACUCCCAACAUGAGACUCACCGACAUGGAGAUUUACUUGGCAUUGUGGGUAUCUGAACUAAAGACUUCUAAGACAGUAUAUUAUCAACUAUACGGUGUUGAGUACCCAGAAGUUCAAGAUGAGCAGUUUGCAGGACGAGUUGGAUUGGACAAAGACGAGCUGAGAAAAGGAAACAUCAGACUUCAUCUGUCCAGACUCAGGACUGAAGACUCAGGCGUCUAUCGAUGUGAAGUGGCCACUUAUUUUGACGGGAACAUCAGUGAAUGUUCCCUCAACGUCACUGCAGCCAGGAUUCAGCCCACAGCUGAGGAGACCCAGCCGGCAAGUCGGGGAAGGAUCGCUCUCUUCUUUGGUUUGGGACUUUGUGUUGCAGCUCUUUUCCUCCUGAUGUUCUUCACUCUGCAUGGACACAUUUCUUCUCAAAUAAAUCUCCACUGUGUGAAAACUGGGGGUCUUAAACUCAGUUCAGAUCAGUGUGAGCAGAGCAUUAAACCAACUGAUCAGAGUCUUUGGUUUUCUGGACUGAAACAGAGUCACUGCUCCUGACUUUAAUAGGAUGCUGUGAAACAAGACGCUGCCUUCAGACGGACAAUGUUUUUUUUUUGUCUGGACAAAAAACAGGACACAGCUGAGGAAGACAAGCCGUCGAGUCGGUGAAGGAUCCGUCUCUUUGUUGGACUGGAACUUUUCUCCUCUCCACUCGGUGUGGACAAACUUGUUGUGAAUGAAAAACGCCGCCUCUUCAGACUCACAGGGAACAAACUCACACACUUUGAUCCCUUUCAAGCGAGUCCAACACCUCCAUGAAUCUGUGACGCUGUGUUUGACCAACGUACAUGCACCUGGAGUCCAAUAAUCAACAGAGAUGGACAGAGUACUCUGCCCCAGUACUUGAGUAAGAGUAAAAAUACUACUGGUCAAAAUUUACUCCGUUACAAGUAAAAGUAGCU